CUCGUGUCUGUAACCCCCGGAGGGACCCUGUCAUAUCGCGCACUAAACUAGCAGCAUGUACAUGCAUAUGCAUGCACACGGCCUGUCUACCCGCAGCACCUCAAAAAGCGGCCGGCUGUCCGUCGACCAGCGGUACGGCAUGCCACUGACGGCAUAAAAACCACGUACCCAACAGCGGUUUGAGUGCCUCUCCGUCGUCGCUCGACUUGCACCGAUUCCCAUUCACUCGCACUCAUGCCCCUCUGGUGCCGUAGCUGUUGUUGAUGCGCUGCAGCUGGAACUCGCCUGCGGUGAUGGCGGGGUAGGCCUUGCCGGGACCCUGUUCACAAACAUCACACACCGGGUCCGACCCACUCGCCUGGCCCUUUAUGCUGACCUGGAUCACUGCAGAGUAGUUGGCUUGCUGCACACAACACACAGAAUUUUACGGAGGGGGCAUGGAUGGAUGGAUGGAUGGAUGGGCGAGUGUCCAUACGUGUGUGGCGGGUGUCUGUCUGUCUGUCUGUCUGUACCGUGAAGAAAGCGAUCGAGUACCGUGGCCCCAUGUACUCGCCCUCCCUCGGCAGCCGCACGCGAUGCCAAGUGGACUUGAGGCGAUCGUCUGACCAGCGCUUCAGCAUGUCACCGAUGUUGACCUGUUGAAGACAUGCACACACACACACAUAGACGUACACACCGGCAGAUAUUGACUGAUCAUGUGGCAGCAUCCUCCUCUGGCCUGCUGACCGUGAUAUCUCCCAGCCUGGGCUCGACAGGCGACCACUCCACCUUGCCCUCGAGGGCUGCCUUUCCUCCACACACCUCCAGGCCACCCUGACCCUCACGCUGAUACAGCAAAGUCAGACUGUCCCCUGCAUCCACACAUCCAUCCAUCCAUCCAUCAUCUAACACACACUGACGCACUGCAUCUGCCUCCUGUCUGCUGCCCUGCUCACAGUCGGUGUGUGCGCCGGCCCGCCAGUAGCCUGGAGCGAACGUCCUUCCAGUGCAGUCGUGGUAGUGCAGCAACCGCAGGGCGAUCUGCGAGUCCUCGGCGUCAAGGUCGUGCAGCAGGUUGAAGAAGUCCGGCUCGAACCCCAGUGACUCAGCAAAGCACUCGAACAGCUGCUUGGCCACUUUGUAGGACGUCUGCAGGCAAGCAGGGCAUAUCAACACCAGGAUGGGACGUGUGUGUGUUUUGCGGCAGUAUACCCACCCGCAUGAACUUGAUGACGAACUCUUUGAAGCCAGGCAGGUCGUCCUCCGAUGGCCAGAAGUCACGCGUCAUGGCACGACCAGACAUCUGGCAGUGCAGGUAGAGAGGAGAGAGCACCACACAUCAGACGUAGCGUAGCAUGUUCACACGAAUGUCCGGCUUCUUCCCCUCCCUCCCUCCCUGCCCACCGUGAAGCUCUCCUUUUGGUCAGGAGUGCCUGUGGACGGCCGGAUCUGGGCGAGAUACUCGAAUCCCGCAUUGAACUCCUUCUUGUAGGCGAGCGCCUGCUUCUUCUCCAUCGGCAAGGAAAAAAACUGCUCGCUGCAGCACCACACGACACAAACAACAUAAUCAUGCACGCACACACGCCACCGUCCGCGUCUUCAUCUGUGUGGUGGGUCGGCUGACCUGUAGUCGAACAUCUUGGCAAUCAUGUCCUUCGGCACGAGGUGGUUGACCAGCUGGAAGAACCCGAUGUCUGAUGCCGCCUCCCACACUCGCUGCCGUAUCUCCUUCCUGCAGCUGUCAAAGGAGGACAUGUCAAUCUUCUCUAUCUUCUUGACGGCGAUGACGCCAUCGCCGCCAAUGCCGCCCUCAUAUGCGUUCUCGUCCUGAUCAUGCGCAACCACCAUCCUCGUUGCGCGGAUCUAUGUAGGCAAACAAGCUGCUGAGGGAGCUUGGCAGCGAAGCGUUGCAGGCGUUCCUUCGUUCGCUAUCAACAGGGGAGGAAGCAUUCGG